GCAACGUUUGGUUUUCAAGUUUUUGUCAUGGAAGCUUUUUCGUGUUUUAAGGCAGUUCCUGUCAUUUGUUGGUUUGCUGUUGUCAGUAAAUUUAUACUAGCUAGCUUGGCAAUCUACCUCCUUAUCCUCUUAUACUUUUAUACUUUGCUUGUAGUACGGUUAGUUUCUAGCAAAGAUUUUGUUUGAGAUAACAGUUAUAUGAGUAUGUCAACCAAACAGAAAGGGUGUAUGAAUUUCAUGAUUAGCAAAUCGGAGAAGUCUAAUUGAGCCCCGAAAGGUUAUUGUAUUGUGUUUACUAAAUACCUGUUUAGUGUGCUGUGUCUGUGAACGGAAGUCGGUCUCGGAAAGUAGUUAGAAGCUUCUUACUUUCCUGGUAAUGCUUUCAGAGUAUUUUUUAAGUAUGCUUUUGUUGUUGGUGGUGGUGUCCUGUUCUAAAGUGCAUUUCUUUGACGCGAACUGGUUACGUGUUGCAUAAGCUUUGAAAAGGCCCAAACAAGUUAAAAAGCCAUCUUUAUUUACAGCUGUGGGACUAGGUAUUCGAUUGCUUCCAGGAAGAAAUUCUGAUUAAUGGCUCUUUUCCAAGGUGGGGGGUGGGGGCUGGAGGACACGCCACAACUGUAGACUUUUCUUCCGCAGGGCGUGAAACGCGCCUCUUCCUGCCGCGGGGCCGAGCGCGGGCCGCGGUGCCGGCCGCCCGCAGCCUCAGGUGUCUCGGGCCGCGGGCCGCGGCGUCCUCCGGGGCUGGCGUCCGGGACUUCCUGUCUGGGCGCGGGGCGGAAGGAUCGCGUCGCCAGCCGGGGCCGCCGCCGCCCCUGCCGUUAGGUGGUGGGGCUGCUCUGCCCGGCGGCGGGAGGCGGGCCGGCCUCGGCUUCCUGUCGGAGGACGCGCAAGGAUCCGGGCGUCGGAGUGUGUGCGAGUGCGCGAGUGUGUGUGGGUCGCGCGGCGUGUGUCUCCGGCCGCGGGUUCCGCCUCCUCCCCUGCCGCCGCGGCUCGCGGGGUAAGUCAAUGUGAAGCAGCAGCUCCAGCCCCGGGAUAAACAUGGCGACGUCUCUGCAUGAGGGACCCACGAACCAGCUGGAUCUGCUCAUCCGGGCCGUGGAAGCAUCAGUUCAUAGCAGCAAUGCACACUGUACGGAUAAGACCAUUGAAGCUGCUGAAGCCCUGCUUCAUAUGGAAUCUCCUACCUGCUUGAGAGAUUCAAGAAGUCCCGAAUUUAUCCAUGCUGCCAUGAGGCCUGAUGUCAUUACAGAAACUGUAGUGGAGGUGUCAACUGAAGAUUCUGAACCGAUGGAUACCUCUCCUAUUCCUACGUCACCAGAUAGCCAUGAACCAAUGAAAAAGAAAAAAGUUGGCCGUAAACCAAAGACCCAGCAAUCACCAAUUUCAAAUGGGUCUCCUGAAUUAGGUAUCAAGAAGAAACCCAGGGAAGGAAAAGGAAACACAACCUACUUGUGGGAGUUUCUUUUAGAUCUACUUCAAGAUAAAAAUACUUGUCCCCGGUAUAUUAAAUGGACUCAAAGAGAAAAAGGCAUCUUCAAGCUCGUGGAUUCAAAGGCUGUCUCCAAGCUUUGGGGAAAACAUAAGAAUAAGCCAGACAUGAACUAUGAGACUAUGGGACGAGCUUUGAGAUACUACUACCAAAGGGGGAUUCUUGCCAAGGUUGAAGGACAGAGGCUUGUGUAUCAGUUCAAGGAUAUGCCCAAAAACAUAGUGGUCAUAGAUGAUGACAAAAGUGAGCCCUGUAAUGAAGACUUAGCGACGGCUGCUGAAGAGAAGUCCUUGGAACGAGUGUCACUGUCUGCAGAAAGUCUUCUGAAAGCUGCAACUUCUGUUCGUGGGGGGAAAAAUUCAUCUCCUAUAAACUGCUCCAGAGCAGAGAAGGGUGUCACUAGAGUUGUGAAUAUUACUUCCCCUGGUCAUGAUGCCUCGUCCAGGUCUCCUACCACCAGCACAUCUGUGUCUGCCACGGCAGCUCCCAGGACAGUUCGUGUGGCAAUGCAAGUACCUGUUGUAAUGACAUCAUUGGGUCAGAAGAUCUCAACUGUGGCGGUUCAGUCAGUUAAUGCAGGUGCACCGCUAAUUACCAGCACUAGCCCAACAACAGCAACCUCUCCAAAGGUAGUCAUUCAGACAAUCCCUACUGUGAUGCCAGCCUCUUCCGAAAAUGGAGACAAAAUCACCAUGCAGCCUGCCAAAAUCAUCACCAUCCCAGCUACACAACUUGCACAAUGUCAACUGCAGACAAAGUCAAAUCUGACUGGGUCAGGAAGCAUUAACAUUGUUGGAACUCCAUUGGCUGUCAGAGCACUUACCCCUGUUUCCCUAGGCCAUGGUACACCAGUAAUGAGACUAUCAGUACCUACUCAGCAGGCCUCUGGCCAGACUCCUCCCCGAGUUAUCAGUGCCGUCAUAAAAGGACCAGAGGUUAAAUCAGAAGCAGUGACAAAAAAGCAAGAACAUGAUGUGAAGACGUUGCAACUGGUAGAAGAAAAGCCUGCAGAUGGAAGUAAGACAGUAACCCACGUAGUAGUGGUCAGUGCGCCUUCAGCUAUUGCCCUUCCUGUAACUAUGAAAACAGAAGGACUGGUGACAUGUGAGAAAUAAAAUGGCUGCACCAUGGACCUAGACUGUUAGUGGGUAGUACUGAUGAUAAACAUUUACAAAGGAGGUCAUCAAGAAAAGUCCAAGGAAGACUUUAAAACAUUUUUAUUGCAUAUAAGAAAACAAUCACACUUACUGGAAGUAUAUUACAUAUCCCAUGUUUCAGUGGGAAAUGAACUAAAUGUUGAGAUGCUGACAGAAAACUGCCUCUUACAGUAGGAAACAACUGAACCCAUCAAUAGGAAAAGGAUUGAAAGGGACCAAGCAGCUCACUACAAUAUCAAGUUACACUAAGAGUUGGAACACUAACGUCUGUAAGAGGUUACAUGGUUUUCAGUGGGAGGGGUUGGGAUGGGUGAUCUCAUUGUUACAUAUAGCAAUUUUUGAUGCAUUUUAUAUGCAUACCAGCAAUUAUCACUGUGCUCGCACAGUACACACUUAACUGGUGCUAUGUGAAGACUCUGCUAAUAUAGGUAUUUUAGAAUGUGAAUUGAAGAAUGGAUCCAAAAGCUUCAGAAAGAGGAUAGCAAAAAAGAUCUAGUGCGAUUUUUUUUAUAUAUAUAUAAUAUAUAUAUAUAUAUAUAUCAUAUAGCUUAAGCUGAUUUAAAACAAAGGCCUUAGACUAAUUUUCGGUUUUCUUUCUUGGAAUAAGCUAAUGGCUUGUUUGUGUAAAGCUUUUUUUAUUAAAAGAAAAAUUUAAAAAAUCUUGUACCUAGCACAGUAUUGUUAUAGAAUUUACAUGUAACAUUUUAUAUGGUAGUUUAAGUCUGUCAGUUUCUUAAUUGUGGACAAAUUAACAGUUGGCCCUGGCCUUUUGCUGUAACAUGCCUGUGUCACUCACUUAGCCCUGGCAUCUGUGCAGACAUAUCAGUUUCAGUUCCUUCACUUGGAAGUUCAGGCUCAGCAUGGAUUUUUGUCAGGUAGCUCGAAAACCUGGAGCUAGCUAGCUUUUCUUUCUGUCUUUCUCUGUUUCUCCCUCCCUCUCCUUACUUCCUCCCUCUCUUUCCUGCCCCCUUUCCUCUUCUUUCUCUACUUUUCUUUUUCUUUUAUUUUUUAGUUGAUGUUUAAGAGGGAAAGUACCAGUGUUCAGAUUUGAACUAUAAUAGUUUGUAUAUUCAACAUUUGAAGUAUAUUCUAUUUUGUUGUACUCUUGUUUCAAAGUGUAUUCACGUAGGUUUUAUGAAAUAUAGAAACAAAAUUUA